UAGAUAAAGACAAAAACAGACAGAGAAGCACCCCAGCGGUGAGUAGAGGACAGUUCGUCGACGAGGCGAGGGGAUUUGUUUCAGAAAGGUGGCCAGCUAUAGUUAACACAGACGAAGAGCGAAGGCACCUGCAGCCGACAGACAGACAGACAAACAGUGACACCGAGCCAUGGUGAAGAUCAGUUUCCAGUCUGUCGCGGGACAGAAAGUGGAGAAGGAGAAUGAUGGCGACAAGACAGAAAUUCUAAUUCCUCAUCCGAUGGAUGAGGAGGAGCUGGUCCUGCCACUCCGGCCCAAAAAGUCUCCUCUCAAUGGCCUGUGCUGCCUGACGUUUGGCCUGGUUGUCUUCAUGGCCGGUCUGGUCCUUGCCUCCAUUUAUGUCUACCGCUACUACUUUAUACCUCAUAUCCCAGAGGAGAACCUGUUCCACUGCAGGGUGCUUUAUGAAGACUCUGUGUAUGCCCCGCUGCGUGGGCGUCAGGAGCUGGAGGAAAAUGUCGGCAUCUACUUGGCUGACAACUAUGAGAAGAUCACUGUGCCCGUGCCUCACUUUGGAGGCAGUGACCCUGCUGAUAUAAUCCAUGACUUCCACAGAGGACUGACUGCCUACCAUGACAUUGCUCUGGACAAGUGCUACGUUAUUGAGCUCAACACCACCAUCGUGAUGCCUCCACGCAACCUUUGGGAGCUUCUUAUCAACGUCAAGAAGGGAACAUAUUUGCCUCAGACCUACAUCAUCCAUGAAGAGAUGGUGGUGACUGGCAAAGUGCACAACAUGCGUCAGCUGGGACCCUUCAUCUACCGCCUGUGCAACGGGAAGGACACUUACCGCCUGAACCGCCGUGUCACCCACAGACGCAUCAAUAAGCGCGAGGCGAAGGACUGCCACCACAUCCGUCACUUUGAGAAUACAUUUGUGGUGGAGACGGUUAUCUGCGAUGAAGCGUAAAAAUGACCGUCAUGCGUGUCAUCCCACCAACCCAAAGGCACAUCUUCAGUCACCACCCCAGCCGCUGUAGCAUCCUCCUGUGGAUCCGAUCAUGUCUGAGUUGCACUUUACUUGUGAUUUUGCUUUGAUGUCCUUUUGUAAAAGAAGUUGUUUUUUUUUAUUUCAGUGCCUCCCUUUUUUGUUUUGUUCCGUUUCCGAUGUGUGAUGCAAUACCAAGCUGUUGGUUCUAUCACUGGAUUUUCCUUGUAGCAAAGUCCUGUAGACAAUUAUGAAUUAUACUUUCAAGACCUCUCCUCUUCCUCUGGGGAUUUGUAUAAUGGUUACUGUCGUUGGGGGAGAUGACUGUCUCCAUGUGUUGUCAAGGUGAUUGUACUUUUGUUUUUUUCUCUUUCCCUGGAGGUUAUUUUGUGUCUCUUAGUUCUACUACCAGUCAUCUGUGCAAAGCAUGAAGCCUUGCUUUCCUGAGCAAACAUUAUCCAUAGAUUUCAAUUCUAAUCUUUUUUUCUCAUGUUCUCUGUAAUGACAACAUGUAACUGCUUAUGACUAAUUGCUUGCUUGCAACAUUAUCCUCUUGCCUGCCUGUUGCGUCCAUGCUCUGCUUUCUGCUUUUCAUUUCCUUCUUAAAAAGUAUUAUCACAAAGUAGAAGGUUGCAUUGGGCAUUAGACUGCAUUCACUUUUUUGUAUAAUACUGUGUCAUAAUUGAAACUGGUGAAGACGCAUAGUUAUUUUUGAUGCUCUCAUUUGUCAUCAGCUUUUCUCUUUUAUUGUGGGGGGGGGUCGCCCUCUUCAUCAAUGCCUUUUGUGAAUCAUUUUAAAAUAAUGUCUUUGUUUUCCCUUGCAUGUGUUAUCUAUAAGAGAAAAACAGCACUGUUAGAAUGUUUUGUAAAACGUUUAAAGCCUUAGUCCAGAGUCAGAGACUGGACUAAAGUAAAUACUGCAGAAAGGGAGCAUAUUAUAUGGUAUGUUAGUUAAACAAAACCAACUUGUACUUGACCUGUAUAUUUUGUCUGCUGAUGAAAUCUGUCUGUGAAUAAAUUAGUGAAAAUAA